AUAGACCAUAUAAUCUUCCUUGAGAGGGAGCGGCAAAAUCUCCUUUUCAUUUUCCAGCUGCUGUAGCUUAUCCGCUCGCAGCCAUCGUCUCCCUCUCCGACUCCCUAACCUAAAACACCAUCCCAUUCGCCUCUUGCCCUUUCCACGAUUAGGCGAAGCAUUUGAAGUUGUUGGGGGAGAAAUGGCUGCUUCUUCCGGUAUUGGCGUUACUUCUUCUAUGUUCCAUUCACCAUCUAUCGAGCUCGCUACCAGAAGGGCAACAGCUCCCACUAUCACAUCCUCUUGCCUCUUCCCCCUUACAAUUCCGGAUAAGCCUUGCUUCCUCAGUUCUUCUAUAUCCAGCGGCCGUGGAAGUGGAGUUGGGAGACUUACACUUCUUAUGGUGGAGGGAGGUUCCCGCAGGCAGACUACGGUUCCUUCCGCCAUUGCUUCUCCCAAUAAUUCCCUUCUCAGUGAGCAGGCCUUCAAGGGCCUUGGUGGCAUCUCCGAUUUCGAUGGCGUCGAUAGUGAUGAAGACGACUUGGCGGAUGACACAGUCCUUGCAGCUGAUGAUACUGACGAGCUUGCGCUUACCAAGCUGGGUUUGCCUGCGCGUCUGGUUGACGCUCUGGAGAAGCGUGGAAUUACUCACCUUUUCCCUGUUCAGAGAGCUGUUCUGGUUCCGGCUCUAGAAGGUCGAGAUAUCAUUGCUCGUGCUAAGACUGGGACUGGGAAGACUUUGGCAUUCGGCAUUCCAAUAAUUAAGCUCCUCACUGAAGACACUGAACUAAGAGGCCAACAACGGCGAACUGGCCGGCUUCCACGAGUUUUGGUCUUAGCACCUACACGAGAGUUAGCAAAGCAAGUAGAGAAAGAAAUUAAAGAGUCUGCACCUUACCUUAGCACUGUGUGUGUUUAUGGAGGCGUUUCAUAUGUGACGCAACAAAGUGCUCUUACCCGUGGAGUAGAUGUUGUGGUUGGGACUCCAGGUCGAAUCAUUGAUCUCAUUAAAGGAAACAGCCUGAAACUGGGGGAGGUUCAGUACUUGGUUCUUGAUGAAGCUGAUCAAAUGCUUUCAUUUGGAUUUGAGGAGGAUGUGGAGUUGAUCUUGGAAAACCUUCCAACAAAACGGCAGAGCAUGCUUUUCUCCGCAACAAUGCCAAUUUGGGUCAAGAAAUUGGCCAGGAAAUAUCUGGACGAUCCAUUGCAAAUUGAUCUGGUUUAUGCAAAAGGAGGGAAAACUAUAGUCUUCACUCAAACUAAGAGAGACGCCGAUGAAGUCUCCAUUUCAUUGUCGAAUAGCAUAGCUUCGGAGGCUCUGCACGGAGAUAUAUCCCAGCAUCAAAGGGAGAGAACAUUGAAUGGUUUCCGUCAAGGCAAAUUCACCGUGCUUGUAGCAACAGAUGUUGCUUCUCGUGGGCUUGACAUUCCGAACGUCGAUCUGGUUAUUCACUAUGAGCUUCCAAAUGAUUCGGAGACUUUUGUGCAUCGUUCUGGUCGUACUGGGCGUGCAGGGAAGCUGGGAACUACCAUUUUGUUGUUCUCCAACAGUCAAAGGAGAUCCGUUAGAUCUAUCGAGCGUGAUGUUGGAUGCAGGUUUGAGUUUGUUGGCUCACCAGGCAUUCAAGAGGUUCUAGAAUCAUCAGCAGAGCAUGUGGUUGCUACUCUACGUGGAGUUCAUCCUGAAUCUGCAGAAUGUUUUAUGCAAACUGCCGAAAAAUUGUUAGAAGAACAAGGAACAAAGGCCCUUGCUUCGGCUCUGGCACAUUUGAGUGGUUUCACGCAGCCUCCGUCGUCUAGAUCUCUUAUUAGCCACGAGAAGGGCUCUGUGACAUUGCAAUUGACUAGGGAUCCGAAUUAUGCUAGAGGGUUCCUUUCACCUAGGUCGGUGACUGGUUUCCUCUCAGAUGUAUAUCCUACAGCAGCAGAUGAAGUUGGGAAAAUAUAUGUAAUUGCUGAUGAAAAGGUUCAAGGAGCAGUGUUUGACCUGCCUGAGGAGAUAGCAAAAGAGUUGCUGAAAAUGCAAUUGCCUCCUGGAAACGUUAUUUCCAAGAUCACCAAGUUGCCUGCAUUGCAAGAUGAUGGACCAGUUGGAGAUAAUUAUGGUCGGUUUUCUAGCAGGGAUCGCUUCACUAGGGGGGGUUCGAGAGGCCAGAGGAGCUUUAGACCCCCGCAGCGUGGUGGUGGUCGAGAUUUCGAUGAUGAUGAUUUUGGUAGGCGUGGCGGUCGAAGCCAAUCGAGGAGCAGUGGCAGCAGUUGGGGGAUGGGUGGAAGGAGGUCGAGCUCGGAAUCAUCAAAUAGAGACAGGUACGUCUACACAUGAGAGCAGAGAUUAUUACCUUCUACGUUUUUGUCAGUAGAGUAUGCAUUGUUGAUACCACCAAUUGCUUUAGCCUUUGCGAUAUAUGCUUUUCUCAUUUACUUGUUAAUCGAGGAGCAGUGGCAGCAGUUGGGGGAUGGGUGGAAGGAGGUCGAGCUCGGAAUCAUCAAAUAGAGACAGGUACGUCUACACAUGAUAGGAUAGACUAUUACCUUCUACAUUUUCGGCAGAAGAGUAUGCAUAGUUGAUAUCACCAAUUGCAUUAGCCUUUGCGAUAUAUGCUUUUCUCCUGUACUUGUUAAUUGUGAAUCACUAGGGAGGAACUGAAUGGUUGUUCUUUUCCCAUGGCUGUGAGGGUACUUUGUUGGUGAAGUGUAGGAGUUGAGAUAGUUUAGUAACAUUGUGUUUUCGACAAAUAUUAAUAGACUUCUUCAUUGAGGUUUGUGGGUAAUCUUGCCGGUUUUGUUUCGUGCAUAAUUUGAUCAAUUAUGUCUGUUCACAAUACUGUAAAAUGUCUUGUAUUCCAGAUCAUUCGGAGGUUCAUGUUUCAGCUGUGGGCAAUCUGGACAUAGAGCUUCGGAGUGUCCCAGCAGGGGAGGUUAUUAGAAGUAUAUACGACCAGGUCUUCGGCCAUGCGAACAACAACAAAGUGGCAGCUGCUGGGAAUCUUGGUUGUCUCGGCCGUAUAUGGAAUAUUUAUGCCAAGAUGGGUUCGCUACAGGAAAGAAUACUGGAUACCUGCGAUCGAAUAGGCUUGUAGCUUGUGUUUUCUAGAAUCUAGAUAGAUUGGUUGGCUCUAAAAGAUGGGGGGAAAUGAGAGAGUUCAAUAGAAUGUAUUCCCAUUUUCGUUUCUGCGUAUCCGGUAUUUAUUGACUAGCAGUAUGAAACAGGCAAUGUGCAGCGAUCAGCCCCCAAAAUUGCAUGUUAUUGCUGCAUUAUUUUCUCUGGUCCAUAAUUUGCCCUGGAUAUCAGUGCUAUCAUUUUCCACCGAGCAUUCUGUUG